GCCAAUAUGUGUGUAAUUUAGGAGAAAGUGUCCGCCUUUUGAAUGUUUAUUAAAAUGUUUGCAAAUUAUUGUUUCAAAUAUCAUAUGUAUCUGAUUUUGAUUUGAAUUGAGAGUCCAAUAUUUGAAGUAUAACUCAAUAAAACUGAUUAACCAAAGUAUGAAUCAAUCGGUAAAUCCAAAUAUUGUCAAAAAUAUUCAGUUUGAAACUUGCGGUCAAUUAUAUGAUAAGUUGCGGCAAAAGAGUCCACGAUUUUACCGAAACAGUCCAUCGACUGGAGUGAAAGUUAAUGUUGAAUAUGUGGACACUUUUGGAGAAUCCAAUGCUUUUGGUGAUAAUAUUAAGACAAUUGUUGCCAUUCACGGCAAUCCCGGUCAUUACAAACACUUUAGCGGUUUAUUUGAAUACUUUUCGGGAAAAUCGGUUCGGGUAAUAGUGCCAAAUAUGCCUGAUUUCAGUAUAACCCGACAAAAGAUGGCUUUUUGGCAUUCAAACGAAGAAAGAUCUCAAUUCAUAAGAGAUUUUCUCAAAGCGUUAAAUGUGUCGACAAUUGAUUGUCUUAUCAGUCAUUCCGCAGGUAUUCAUCCGAUAUCUCUCUUAUGGACAAAUCCACAAGAACUUACAAUAAGAUCUAUAGGAAUAUUCAGUCCUCAAUAUCUUUCGGACAGAUUUUUCAAAAUUAAUAAAUUUUUUGCUAUAUUUACAACCAAUAAGUUGGGUAUCGCUGUAAUGGAUUGGUUGAAACCACACGAGCUAUUGAAAGGCCGGUCACCCAUGACUUACAACAGUGUCGAUGAAGUCUUGUUUUUUGCUUUAGUUCAUUCGUAUAUUGAAAACACCGAUUACUACAAGAAGUUGGAAGUUCUUAAGACAAUGAAAUUGCCGACUAUUGUUGUUUACGGUGAAAGUGAUAAACUGGUGUCGAAAAGAAACUUUGAAGAGUUUGUUGAGAGGUUGGGUGCGCAACAUAAAGACUUUUCAAUUUAUUCAAUGGAUAAUCAAAUUGAAAAAGAUUUAAACCAUAUAAACAAUUGGAUUAAAGUAUUAAAUCUAAAAAGUGGCGGUCAUUUUGCUUAUCAAAAAUUUAGUCAAAUUGUUGGCAAACAUCUAGAAAGAGAUCUAUUGUCAAAAUUAUAAAAUUUAUUUUUACUAUUUAUUAUUUCCUUUAUGUUAUUUAAUAAUU